AAGCCCUUGCAUAGCUUCCCCGCAACUUCCGCAUAAUGCUGCGAAUAUUACGCGUGCAAUAACUCAGCAUUCUUUAAGCAGUCGGCAAACAUCAUUGUUCAAGCACGCACAGUAGAGAGUGUUGUGUGUUGGUAAUCCAACGUCCAAGGCUGAGGAUCGGGAGAGAUCCCAGCAGUGGGUGGGUUGUGUUGUUUGAACACUCCUCAGAUCUGAGUUUCAGUCCUGCGAGACAUUUCUGCUAUUCCCAGAUCUGGGAAUCCAUAUAUCUCCCCUCUGUUUCCUUCUCCAUCAAUCUCUUUUACAAUCCUCUCAGAGAUGACAAGAAAAGAACCCACUCAUUCAGAAUAUCCAAUCCACGAGCCCGCUUCCUCAUCGACCUCUCCACAUGUAGGUGAUUAUGAAGGCAGAACCAAAAGGCCGAAGGGAAAUGAUUACGAAGUGUUCUUGAGCUUCAGAGGGGAAGAUACUCGCAAAGGCUUCACCGAUCAUCUCUAUCAUAACCUUGACCAUGCAGGAAUUCGCGUGUUCAGAGACGACAAUGAACUCCGUGUUGGUGAGGAGAUUGGUUCGGAGCUUCUCUGCAGUAUUAUGAAUUCUAAGAUCUCGAUUCCGAUUAUUUCAAAGAACUACGCUUCAAGCAAAUGGUGCCUUCGCGAGCUGGCUGAGAUGUUAAAGUGCAAGAGAAGUAAAGGGCAGAUAGUGUUGCCCAUAUUUUACAAAGUAGAACCCUCACAGGUGCGACAUCCUACUGGGAGAUCAAGAGAUGCUAUCAAUGCACAUAAAAAGAAUAUAGACGAAAUGAUUGUGAAGAAAUGGGAAGAAGCACUUAAAGAAGUCAGCUCCUUGAAAGGAUGGGUAUCGGAGAAAAUUGAUAACGGGCAUGAAGGAACAUUGGUUGAAAUUGUUGUCAAAAAAGUUAUGGGCGAGCUAAAAGGACUUUUUCAGCUAAAUGUCCCUGAAUUGUUGGUGGGAAUUGAUGAUCAUGUGCAAGAGAUUAUGAGCAAGAUAGAUGUUGAAUUCAAGGGUACAACAAUUAUUGGAAUUUAUGGAAUGGGCGGCAUCGGUAAGACAACUCUUGCAAAAGUGUUAUACAACAGACUCUAUAGUCAUUUUGACUAUCGUAGCUUCAUGGCAAAUAUCCGAGAAACAUUUCGGCGUAAGGGUAUUGAAUGCAUACAAAAGCAACUUAUUUCUGACAUAAUAAGAAUUUCGUAUGAUGUGUCUAAUGUCGACGAAGGAGUCAGUGUCAUCAAAUCUCGUUUUGCCAGUAAGAAAGUCCUAAUUCUUCUGGAUGAUAUGGAUGAUAGUACUCACUCGAAUGCUUUGGUUGGGGAUGGUAGUUGGUUUGAAGCGGGAAGUAUAGUCAUCAUCACAACUAGAAACCAAGGCAUUCUCGAUGAAGGUUGGGCGGGCUACAUGUACCAACUCAACGAGUUGUCAUUGGAUCAAUCAUUGAUUUUAUUUAGUAGACAUGCAUUUCGAAAGGAUUCUCCUCCGAGUGAUUAUGAGGAUAACUCUCGUGAUAUCGUAUCUACUACUGGGGGGCUUCCAUUAGCUGUUGAAGUUAUAGGCUCUUUCUUAUGUGGAAAGAGAGAAGAAGUAUGGAAAGAUACAUUAAAGAAAUUAAAGAAAAUGCCCGAUAAGAAAGUGCAAGAGAAGUUGAAAAUAAGUUACGAAGCAUUAGAUGACGAGGAGCAACAAAUAUUUUUGGAUAUUGCAUGCUUUUUCAUUGGAUCACAUGAACAAAAUCCAACUUACAUGUGGGACGCCAGUAGUUUUCUCCCAGGGAGGGGGAUUGAAGUAUUGAGUUUUAUGUCCCUAAUUAAAAUUGACGAAUACGGCCAUCUAAUGAUGCAUGAUCAACUGAGAGAUCUUGGAAGGGAAAUUGUUCGUCUAGAAAAUUCGAAGGAACCUCAAAAGCGUAGCAGAUUAUGGAAUUCUGAGGAAGCCGUAGAUGUGAUUGAUGGAAACAAGGGCACUAGAAAGAUUGAGGCACUUUCUCUUGGCGAAUGUGGUAAGGGAAGAAUAUACACAGCCGAACAAUUUAAACAAAUGACCAACUUGAGGUUCCUACUAGCGGAUGGUAUGAAUUUCACCGGAGAUUUCCAAAGCUUACUUCCUAAAUUAAGAUGGCUUCAGUGGGCGGGAUGUCCCUCGGAUUUUACGGCGACCAACUUUCAUCCGAAGAAGUUAGUUGUACUCGAUCUGUCAAGCAGUGAUAUUUCGGAGGACUGGGGAGGAUGGGUUCAACUCAAGGCUGUGACAGCAAUGGUGCAGCAGGCUAUGCAAUAUGUUGACCAGACACCUGAUCUUGAGACCAAGAAAGAGCUUAUUAAGACACUUGACUCUGUCGCCACUGGGAAGAUAUAUGUCGAAAUCGAGAGAGCACGGUUGAUCAAGAAACUUGCAAUAGAAAGGAAGAACAAGGUCUUAUAGCAGAAGCUACUGAUUUGAUGCAAGAAAUCGGGGUAACUAGAAGUUGACUUCUGUUGUCACUGAUCUUGUAAUUGGUUUUUCGUUGUCCAACAUUCCUAUGAUGGGUUUGAAAUGCAGGUAGAAACUUUUGGAGCAACAGCAAAGACGGAGUAAAUUGCCAUUAUUUUUUAACAAGUAGGGGUUUUUUGUAUUGCUUUUAACCGUUUGUACACUAUUACAAUGAUUGGUUUUGAUCGAUGGAUUUUGCAAGUUUGUCUGUGCACAGAUCGCCAGGAUUAUGUCCGUGCACAUAUCCUUUCCAGGAAGACCAACCCCCGAGUGUUUGAUGCAGAUCCUUCCAAAGAGAAGAAAAAGCCUAAAGAAGGUGAAAACAUUGUGGAACAAGCGCCAGCUAAUAUACGUGAGUCAUCGUAUUCCGUCUCUUCUGGAGUUGAGAUGGAUAUACCAUGACUCAUAAUACGGCAAAUUGGUGUUUUGCUUUUUCUAAUGUUGUGUCCACUUUCUUUCAACUAAUUUGUUUUUGCCGAUCAAGUGCCACCUGGUAUUCAGGCUGUGGUUCAAAACAUGAACUUGUAUGGCUUUAUAUAUCUGGCACAUACUCUUCUUCCUUUCUAGCUUUAUUGCAAACUCUGACGUUGCAGCUGUACUUGAUGGAUUUGAACUCACAUCUCAGUUUACCUCGCAUUUAUGUGGUUAACGAUGUAGGUAUUACUCACAUAACAAUGAUUACCUUGAGAUUUGUCUAUACU